AUGUCAGGGCGCGGUAAGCAGGGAGGCAAAACCCGAGCCAAGGCUAAGACCCGCUCUUCUCGCGCGGGCCUGCAGUUCCCAGUAGGCAGAGUGCAUCGCCUCCUUAGAAAGGGGAACUAUUCGGAGCGCGUCGGCGCCGGCGCCCCGGUGUACAUGGCGGCCGUGCUGGAGUACCUGACGGCCGAGAUCCUCGAGCUGGCUGGCAACGCGGCCCGCGACAACAAGAAAACGCGCAUCAUCCCGCGACACCUGCAGCUGGCCAUCCGCAACGAUGAGGAGCUCAACAAGCUGCUGGGCAAAGUCACCAUCGCUCAGGGUGGGGUGUUGCCCAACAUUCAGGCCGUGCUCUUGCCAAAGAAAACGGAGAGUCAUCACAAGGCUAAGGGAAAGUAA